AUGUCUGGAGCGGCCAUGUACGAAUUAGUCCGUGUUGGACAUAAUGAACUUGUUGGCGAAAUUAUUCGUUUGGAAGGGGAUUAUGCAACUAUACAAGUAUACGAGGAAACAUCUGCUGUAACAAUUGGAGAUCCUGUUUUACGUACUGGAAAGCCACUUUCAGUAGAAUUGGGUCCAGGCAUUAUGGGUUCUAUUUUUGAUGGAAUACAACGUCCUCUACACGAUAUUGCACAGAUGACCCAAUCUAUUUACAUACCCAAAGGAAUCAAUACAAACGCCCUCAGUCGCACAAAACAGUGGGAAUUUAUUCCAAAACAAAGUCUUCGUCCAGGGGAUCAUGUUACUGGUGGUGAUAUUGUGGGGAUUGUCUAUGAGAGUGCUCUGGUUAAACACUCGAUUAUGGUGCCUCCAAAUGCUUGUGGAACUUUGAAGUAUUUGGCACCUAAAGGGAGCUAUAAUGUUACGGAAAAAAUCAUCGAAAUCGAAUUUUCUGGAGAUGUUCAAAAAUAUUCUAUGCUUCAAGUUUGGCCUGUCAGACAGCCCCGCCCAGUCGCCGAAAAAUUGGCUGCCAAUUAUCCUCUAUUGUGUGGUCAAAGGGUUUUGGAUGCUCUAUUCCCUUGUGUACAGGGAGGAACAACCGCUAUACCUGGAGCUUUUGGUUGUGGAAAAACAGUAAUUUCCCAAUCAUUAUCAAAAUACAGCAAUUCUGACGCAAUUAUUUAUGUUGGCUGUGGAGAACGCGGAAAUGAAAUGUCUGAAGUAUUACGGGAUUUCCCCGAAUUAACAAUGGAAGUAGAUGGAAAAACAACCUCAAUUAUGGAAAGAACAGCUUUGGUAGCUAAUACUUCUAAUAUGCCUGUUGCUGCUAGAGAAGCUAGUAUUUAUACAGGAAUCACGUUGGCUGAAUAUUUCCGUGAUAUGGGUUUAAAUGUUGCAAUGAUGGCAGAUUCAACUUCUCGUUGGGCAGAAGCUUUGAGAGAAAUUUCUGGUCGUUUGGGGGAAAUGCCUGCAGAUUCUGGUUAUCCUGCCUAUUUAGCUGCUAGAUUGGCUAGUUUUUAUGAAAGGGCUGGGAAAGUUAAAUGUCGUGGAUCGCCUGAUAGAGAUGGAUCUGUUACUAUUGUUGGGGCUGUUUCACCUCCCGGAGGUGAUUUUGCUGAUCCAGUAACUACAGCAACAUUAGGAAUUGUUCAAGUAUUUUGGGGAUUAGACAAAAAAUUGGCUCAACGAAAACAUUUUCCUUCAAUUAAUUGGCUUAUAUCUUACAGGUAAAAUUUUUUAAAUUUUAUUCAAAAAUGUAAAAUAAUUAUACAUGGAUAUUUAAUUAAAUAACAAAAUCGUAUAUAAAUAGUAAUAGGGAAAAGGAAAUAGGGAAGGGUAAAUUAGUAAUUUUGGAAUAAAAGCAAAUGUAACACAGAAUUUAAAUAGUAUAUUAAUUAAAUAA